AUGGAUUUCGAAGAUUGGUUGGCGCUUCCAAUCCAGCCGACGUUGACGCCCAUCUCGGGAGCAAGCCGAGAGUCACCAUCUACGAAAGAAGUUCCAACUCCACCAAUGGUGGUCGAAGGAGAAGGUCUGACGACCGAGAGCUCCGCCAAAGAAGAUCAAGUCGUCGAAAGUAUUGAGAAGAAGAAGGUUAUCGAGAUCAGCAGUAUGUCGUCGUCUCCAAAAGAGGAAACUAUACUAGCGACAAUGGUUCAACCAAAUAUCGAAGUCCUCCUGUCCAGUGCCAGUAAUUCAAUCUCGUUCCAUGAUUCGUUCCAACUCCGAGAACAUGGAUUGUUGUGGAGGAAGAAGACGGAAGGUGUAGAGGAGAGGUUAACGCGUGGUCUUGCCAUGAAUUCCGAUUCCGGAAGAAAUAAGAGAGGGAAUAUGGGGAUGGAGCUCCUUGUUUUCGCGGCAAACCAAAGGCACAUGAGACUUAAACGGAGGACCAGAAGCAGAGAAAACCACCGGGGAACUCGCAAUUGA